AUGGUGCCUUUAUGUUUUCCAUUCCUUGUUUGUUUGUUUCUUUCUUACUUUCUUUCUUUCCAAAGUUCGUUCGUUCUUUCUUUCUUUUUUAUAUUCUUAGUUUGUUAUAUGUUCUCUCUUUCUCUAGUUGAUAUUUCAUUUGCAUUUCCCUCCUGUUCUUUGUAUGUUUCUUUCAUUAAUUUUCUUUCUUUCCUUGAUUUCUUUUUGCUUUUCUUUCAUAUUCAUUCCUCACAGAAUAUUUCUAAUUUCUUUUCAUUCUUUUUUUUCUAUUGCUUUAUUUCGUUGAACUAUUUUCUCAAUUUCCUUCCUGGAUUUCACACUCUUUCCUCCAUUAUCUUUUUCCUGUUCAUAUUUGUUUCUAAAUUUCCCUCUUUCUCUUGUUUCGUUCUCUUUAUUUCCCCCUCCCCACUUUUCACUCCUGCUCUCUUAACAAACAGUUCGAAAUCUGAGCUCAAGAGAAUCCGGACCAGCCGGAUAUUAAUUUUUCUCUCUGCAAGAUUGAUUAUGCUAUUAGCUAAAAAUAUUGAUUUUGAUUGGUUUCAUUUAUGUUCCCGUUAUUUCCUUCUCUCUCUCUCUCUCUCUCUCUCUCUCACCCUCUGUCUUACACACAUUUCUCUUUCCUUUUCUUUCUUACAUCAUUGCGAUUUUUUGUCUCUCUCUCUCUCUCCCUCUCUCUCUCUCUCUCUCCCUGAGACUAUUUUUCUUUGUUUCAAUACCUUUACUUUAUAUAGGCCUCUCAUUUUUGUACAAAUUUUCUUUCUUCAACAUAUUAUCUCUGGAUUUCUUUCUUUCUCUCCCACUGAUUUUUCAUUAUUUAUCUCUCUCUCUUUUGCAAUGGCCUUUCUUUCUUUCUUUCUUUCUUUCUUUCUUUCUUUCUUUCUUUCUUUUAAGAGAAGGGCAAUUCCAGUCACAUAUCACCAGAGAAGCUCACCAUCUGCAGAAUCAACAACUGGAGUUUCACUUAUCCACGACUGGCCAAACUAA